AAACUGAAACAGAUGUAUAUUUACGUGUUGGAAAGAGAGAGAAGAAAGUAUAAACCGGUUACACCUGUAAAGAACAAACCGGAGGAGAUGAUUACAAAAUUGCAAGUGCUUGAAAAUGAACAGAAAUCUCUAAGGAAGAAGGAAUUCCUAACGUGACUUUCUUUAAAAUUAUCGGACAAUCUUUUGCAUUUCUAUUCUUUGCACUAUUUUCGAAAUUAAAGCGUGUUUAUGUAGCGAAAUGGCUGAGAAUUGUGCAAAUGUCAACGACGGCGAUUGUCCACCGGCGAAGAAGGUGAAAUUGAACGAUGAGGGAGACGCGAUCGAGAAUACGGAGGAGAAAAACACGCGCGAGGACGACGCGACACCGGAUGCGGAACCGAAUCUGUCGAGUUUUAAAGUGACGAAGGUGUUACAAAACAAUUGCGUGCGGAAAUCGAUAUGCAUAGAAGGGACAUUCGAGGAUCGCGAGGGCUCAGCGGUCGUCUUGCUCGAACAGAAGAGCUUCCCCAACGACAAAUUGAGCCUGGAGAAAGGCUUCUUUGACGGGAAAACACUUUUCCGAAAACAUUUUACCAAUGACAUUUACAGAAAUUACGAUUGCUUUCCUGCCGAGGAGCAGAACAGCAUACAGACUACCGUGAUAUAUCCUGCCACACAAAAUCACAUUGAGAAAUAUAAGAAACAAGAAGUAUAUAUGAUAGAUGAAACAUAUGAACUUUACCAGCAAGUCACUCUUCCUUAUAUAGAAUCGAAAAGUUUUAGUUUCGAGUGGAUAACAAAUAUAUUGGAGCACAAAGCUGAACAGGAAAGUAUUAUUUAUGAGGACUCUGACAAAGACACUGGCUUUGUAUUGGUGACAGAUUUUAAAUGGGACAAACAGCUAGAUACAUUAAAACUAUUGGCUCUGCCAUUUCAAAAGAUAAAAUCAUUAAGAGAAUUGAACGCCUCUCAUCUUCCUUUAUUAAGAAAUAUACGAGAUGCUGGAACAAAGGCAAUUAGUAAAAAAUUCAAUAUACCUGCCUCACAGCUCAGAAUAUAUUUCCAUUAUCAGCCAUCAUAUUAUUAUCUACAUGUACAUUUCUGCUACCUUAUGUUUGAAGCACCAGGAAUAUAUGUGGCAAAAGCACACCUUCUGUCAACAGUUAUAAGCAAUUUAGAACUGAUGUCGGACUAUUAUACUAAAGCAGUUCUUUCGUAUAUAGUAUUCAAAGAUAAUCCACUCUAUAAAAAAUUUAAAUCUCAUGGAGCUCUAGAAACAUCCACAUGUGAAGUAUCAGACAGUAAAUAAUGUAAAUGAGAUUGCUUUAUAUAUACGUAUAUAUAAAAAAAGUCGAAGUUUUAUAUUGGAAUAUUUUAUGAAGAGGGACUAUAUACAUUGUAUUUUAUUUACUAUUUAAGAAUAAGAAAAACAAUACAAAACAUGUAGUAUUAUUAAUUAAAAACAUCUAUGA